CAUUUUUAAACAUCGGGAUCGGAAUAUAAAAUAUUCUAACUUCAAUACGUCAACAAAUUGAACGAAUAUUCAGCAUUGGUUGUUGCCGACGCAAACUUUAACUUUGAUCACUUUUGACAAAUUGUUAGCAAGCUCGAAUUGCAUUACACGUGCGUUACACGUGCAUGUGAGCAACAUGAAGAAGUACGUGGUUGUGUGGGGAGCUACGUUUUUUGUCGUUGUAUGUGUGUCAUUGUAUUUGAUGAUGGAAACCGUGUCCACUAACAUGGGGAAAUCCCAGGAUCUAGACGCUAGGCUGAUUGAAGGCAAGAUUGCUAGGAUUCGGUCAGAUAUACUAAAGAAUCAACACACUAUUCAAGAGAUCAAAGACUACGUCCGAACGAUGAGUCACGGGGACGAAGCCGUGCUAGAAAAACUACAGAAAGUGCUGGAUCAGAAAGACAACAUAGACGACCUUGGUGAUGUUCUGAAGGGCAGUGAGGUCAAGGACAGCGAGGGUGAUCUGAAGGACAAGGGCAUUGAGAACAAAGUCGUGGAGUUUAGACCUGUAGAAGAGGUUAAACUGAGCGGCGACACGUGUAGUCUGGCGGACGGUCCGAACCCCCGGGCCGACAUACAGAUGUUGAAGGUUUACGAGGAACUGAAGUUCGACAAUCCGGAUGGGGGAGCAUGGAAACAGGGCUGGCGGGUCACAUACCCUGAGGGCAAGUGGAACUCGGACAACAUGUUGUACGUGUUUGUGCUGCCUCACAGUCACACUGAUCCAGGUUGGGUGAAGAAGUUUACGGAUUACUACACCCAGCAGACCAAGCCUAUCCUCGACAACGUCCUGAACGUUCUGUCGGCUGAUUCACGACGGCGGUUCAUCUACGCAGAACUCUCUUUUUUUUCACUCUGGUGGGAGUCGCUGAAUGCAGCACGAAAGGAAACAGUAAAACGGUUGAUGAAGAACGGCCAGUUGGAGGUCGCGACAGGAGGCUGGGUAAUGAAUGACGAAGCUAAUGCUCAUUAUGCCGCCAUGGUGGACCAGUUAAUCGAGGGGAACCAGUAUCUCCAUGGGACGACAGGUUUUACUCCCCGGUCUGGCUGGGCUAUUGAUCCUUUUGGACAUUCUCCCACCAUGGCGUACCUACUGAAGAGGUCAGGGGUCACGGGGAUGUUGAUACAGAGAGUGCACUAUACCAUCAAGAAACACUUUGCCAGAAACAAGAACCUGGAAUUCAUGUGGAGACAGCUCUGGGACAAGGACGGCACCACGGACAUUCUGUGUCACACGAUGCCGUUCUAUUCCUAUGAUGUUCCGCACACUUGUGGACCGGAUCCUAAGAUCUGUUGUCAGUUUGACUUCGCACGGAUGUCACCGAGCCCGUACAGCUGUCCUUGGAGAGUCCCUCCUCAAGCCAUCACUGACAGCAACGUGGCAGACAGGGCUGCCAUGCUUAUUGACCAGUACAAGAAGAAGGCAUCCUUGUAUCGUAGUAAUGCUCUCUUUAUCCCUCUGGGUGAUGAUUUCCGCUACGACAAGGCAGACGAGUGUGACAAACAGUUUAACAAUUACCAGAAAAUCUUCGAUUACCUCGACAAGAACCCACAACUUGGAGUCAAGGCCCAGUUUGGCACACUGUCGGAAUACUUCAAUAAGCUUCACGAGUUGACGGGAUCGACUCCGGACAGCAAACCAGAGGACUAUCCAGUACUGACCGGUGAUUUCUUCACCUACGCCGAUAAAGAUGACCAUUUCUGGUCCGGCUACUACACCACACGUCCAUUCCAGAAACAAAUGGACAGGCACAUAGAAACUAGCUUAAGGUCAGCAGAGAUAGCUCUGACACUUGCUGCCGUGUACCAGAAGAAGCACCGUCUGACUGGUUUCCCCGAGGAUCAGAUGAUGCAGCUGUUGGUGGAGGCCAGGAGGAAUCUGGGUCUGUUUCAGCACCACGAUGGAAUUACAGGCACGGCAAAGGACUUUGUGGUGGUGGACUAUGGAGAGAGACUUCUGAAGGCGGAGAACAACUGCAGAACAGUUACUGCUGAAGCUGUAUCCUUCAUCUCUAUGGCAACCAAAAGUGAUUACAAACAAAACCGAUUCUUUGACAUAGAUGAAACCCGACCAACUCAUGUCUCGCUUAUAAAAAGGAAUGUGUUGCAAGUCUCCUCAGAACCAAGUGCUGUGUUGCUGUACAAUUCACUUACACAUCCUAGACAGCAGGUGGUUAACCUUCAUGUCAGUGACCCUAAUGUAGAGGUCACAGAUGCUCACGGCAAGGUCGUGACCUCUCAGACUGACCCAUAUUGGACGGAGCCCAGCAUUAUGUCUCAAGAGAGGUUUAAGUUGUCCUUCGUUGCUGAGGUGUCAGCUCUUGGAAUUGCUCGAUAUCAGAUCACAAAGAAAAGGAAAAAUGUCCAUCACAGUCUGGGUAAGGUCACCUACUACAACAGUGAGGGACCAUCUGAAAAAUCUGCAUUUACAGUGGAGAGGAAGAAUUCGAUGGAGUUUACUCUAGCGAGCUCACACUUGGAGGCCAGCUUUUCUGGGAGCACAGGGUUACUGAAGACAGUGAAGAUGAAGUCCUCUGGACAGGUGCACAAGUCGGAGGUCAGCUUCCAGACAUACGGAGCACGGUCAGGGAAGGAGAGGAGUGGAGCCUACCUGUUUCUACCAGACGGACCGGCCAAAAGCUUGCGAGUCAGUCACCCAGUAAUCCGAGUCGUGUCUGGACCAGUCGUGUCUGAAGUGUCCGUCUUCAUCAACCAUGUACAACAUGUGGUCAGACUCCAGAACUCUCCAGGCACAGAUGGGAGGACGGUAGACAUGUAUAACCUGGUUGACGUCAGAAAGGAGACGAACUAUGAACUAGCUGUCAAAAUCUCUACUGACAUCCAUAACAUUGACAAAGAAUUCUUCACGGAUCUCAAUGGAUUCCAGAUGAUCAAACAUAAAACAUUUGACAAGCUGCCCACUCAGGCCAAUGUGUACCCAAUGCCGGCCAUGGCAUUCAUCGAGGAUGACAAAACUCGCUUCAGUGUCCUCACUGCACAGUCGCUGGGGGUAGCCAGCUUACAGACAGGUGAGAUCCAGGUUAUGCUGGACAGGACGCUGAAUCAGGACGACAUGAGAGGUCUAGGUCAGGGUGUCCGAGACAACACGCUGACCCCAAACAGAUUCAAGCUUAUGUUUGAGUCCCGAAGUGCUCCCCCGAUCAAGGACAGAACAAGUGGUUUUCCUUCACUCCAAGCUCACAUGACCUAUCUGCACCUAGUCCAUAACAUUCAGAUUCUACCCCAGAAAAGCUCAGUCAGUGUGCCGCCAUUGAUUUCCCAGCAUUCCUUCCUGUCGGGAUCUUUACCGUGUGAUGUGCACCUACUCAAUCUUCGGUCCUUACAGCAGAGUUAUGAUGGACCAAUCACACGUAGCGAUGACUCAGCACUCCUACUACACAGACUAGGACUGGAUUGCGGGAUUUCAAGUCAUGGAUUACCUUGUACUGAUACACAGGGGAAGGUCAGAUUACGGGAUCUCUUCAGUGACACGCUAGGGGUGAAGGAGAUGCGGCGGACGUCCUUGACAUUACUACACGACAAAGGCCCCACAUCGCUAGAUAGUGACCUUACCUUGAAUCCCAUGGAAAUAUACAGUUUCAAGGUCAAAUGGUGAAUGUUUAUAAUGGGAGUGAUUUUGUAAUUGUUUUAUGUGAUAAACGGCCAUGUAGACUGAAGAUACUGUGAAACUGGGUGUGAUAAAAGGCUGUAUAGACAUUAUAUCCUGUGAAAUGCAUUGUGUUAAGACUGUAGAAAUUUCAAAUGCUGUGAAAUUGAGUAUGCUAGUGAGAUUUAUAGACUUGAGAUCAUUUGAUAUUUAGUGUGAUAAAAGUUGUACAACCAUGAAAUCCCGUGAAAUUGAGUGUGAUAAAAAUUGUAUAGACUUGUGAUCCUGUGAAAUUGAGUGUGAUAAGAGUUGUACAAAUUUGUUUUCCAGUGAAAUUGAGUGUGAAGUAAACUGUACACAUGUACAUACUUUUUAUGCUGUGAAAUUGAGUGUGAUAAAAGAUGUAUAUUCUUGGGAUCUUGUGAAAGUGAGUUUGAACUUUUUAUUGGACAGAAAGCUGCGCUAUCUGAGUAGGACUGUGUCAGAGAGUGUUUAGAUGUGAUCUUCCUUAUCCGACUAUGUCAUGUAAAUGAGCUUACAUCAGGCCAGGAUUUCUCGAAAAGAACUGAAGUCGAAACUUGGACUAAAGUCUGAGAGUUUACUCAAAUAUUGACUGCUUAAAUAAAAGAAAACUGAAACUUAAGUUUGAGAUUUUUUUAUGAAAUCCAAGCCAGAUUUUGGACUCAAUUUAACGCGGGAAACAAAUAGUGUAAGAAUGAGAACGAGAUAGAAAGUAGGCUCAUUCAAUAUUUUAUAUUUGCUGAAACCAAGUCUUUAGGAAUGUUUGCAACACCACAUUUGGAUAUAUGUAUUCAUAUGUAAAUAUGGUGCACAUGUAUAUGUUUGAAUUUUUUUUUAGGUUUUCGUGAGUUUUGUAGUACAUUGCAAAAUUCUAAGUUGAAGUUAUUUCAGAGACAGUCUCAACAAAUGACCAAAAAACUAAAGGAGAUAUUUACUCUUGAAAGGUUUUAAUUUGUGAAUGGGAUUUCAUGUGAAGUCUGUGUUGAUGAUUGAAAUGGACUCUGGUGUGUCCAGGGGUCCGUGUUUGCCCAACUAUCUAUUUUGUAUUGCUUGUAGGAGUUUUGAGAUUGAUCACUGUUCGUUAUCUUCACCUUGCAUUAAGAUUCCUCGAUGAAGGAGAUAUGUUUUAAAUAUUGUCAACCUUUCUAUCCCCGGUGACAAGAGACGGAGUUUCAAUGACAAGUGGUAUUGAGAUCCCGCUAACUAAAACAUUAUUUCAUUUUUGUUCAUCUCAAAUUUAAGAAAUAGUUGCUACUGACUUAUUUUCUCGUAAAAUAGGAAAUGUGCUUAGAUUUGGUGCCUAGAGGUUAAGGCUAAACAUUGAUGUUUAUCAUAAUAACCCGUCUAUUAUGAGAAAGUAAUAUGUGUAAUAACUGGCUCCACACUUACUAUCUUUAAUCGCAAGUUAAUGAAAUUACUGCAUUUGACCUGCCUCCGUGUGGAGUAGAAAGAGUGUUUAGAUGAUGUUGCCUCAAGUUUUAGUACAAGAGUUUACAGAGAAACAGAUUGUUUUACUGAUGUUUUAUUGAUAAUUCGCUUACUAUAAUAUACUACAUACUGCAAUUUAACAAUUAACACAAUACAAUGAUAUAAUUCUACUACACUGGAGGUUGAAGAGAAACACGUUGUUUUUUGUGCAACACAAAUAUAUAUAUUAUGAUUGCCAACUUGUCAAGAGAAUGAUUUCAGAAACAUUUUAUAAAUACUCUACAUAUCAGUAACUUGGUGUCUUAUAAACCAGAAUGGUGCAAUCAUCUAGUGAUCAGAUAAUGUUAGUUUUCUCUCAAACCUACCAAAGGCAUCAGGGCAGUGUGACUGAUAUUGCCAGGUGAUCUAUAUUUUAUGAUGAUGUUUUGCUGACCCUAAUGUUGUUUUUAUGGAAUUAUAUUAAUUCAAUUCAGGAUUGGUAUUUCAAUUCUGUGAUUUUUUUUAAAUAGACAGGUGCGUGUUUCAUGGAUUGUCUGUUUCCCUAUCCACCCUUCAGUUUUUGAAAUCCCGACCUCCUGCGCUGUUCCCUGCGAGAAGCGUGUCUAUGCAUACAAAAUUGUAAUAGUAUCAUUAGCGGAUGUGGAAAUAUCUUGUAUGUCACAAACAUGUUACCACACCCAUCAAGUAUUUAUGUGUAUUGUAUGGAUGCAUGGAUGUUGACUUAUAAAAAACUCAGGAAUGAUAUUCAAAUCCCUGCAGAAUAUCGGAUGUGAAAGAAUACUGUCGUUGUGUAUGUGUUGUUUUUUGUAUUUAAAUGACAUGUAUUAUUUUAUUUUAUUGGUAAUAUGAAUGUGGAUCAGUGAUGUAUAAUGCUAUAUAUAUUGUGAUACACGUAAAAGAAUGUCCCAUUAUGUCUGAAGUUUGAAAAUUGAUUCAUUACGUAUCAUGUAUGGAUGGCCAUAAUGCGUGAAACAUGUAUGUGUAUAGUUUUUAUUGGAUACAUGUACGAAUGUAUGAUAAUUUAUGACUGUCGGAUUAUCUUGGAUACUUAACCUCAUUAGUAUAUGACGUUUAGAGGUUAUCUUGAUGUCAUGUUCAUAUGACCUUUCGUGGUUAUUGUGACGAAAUACGUGAUGCUUAGAGGUUAUUAUAAAGACGUUCAUGUGAUGUUUAACGGUUAUUGUGACGUCGUAUUCACGUGAUAAACGUUGUGUAGGAUCGUCCUAUUUAACAUCUGCUGAUAACAGUCGUCCUUGUUUUAUGUCGGGUGUAACCAGUGAUAACAUAACAAAUACAUUCCAUACUCUCAUCGCUGUUUGCUAAUAAAUCUUCUAUCAUGUUA